AUGAUUCUGAUCCACCAUUGCAUUGCCAGCUUGCGGCUGGAACAAGCAACCAACAUCGACAAGUGAAUCAAGACAUCGAUGUGCUUGACGUCGACAACCAGCUAGGGGUCGCGGAUUACAUAGAGGAUAUCUACAAGUUCUACAAAGUUGCCGAGGUAACUGCAUGAUUAUUGACUCUUGGGUAGCGUGUGCAAACCCCUGUGGUCUGCUGCGUGUCUCUGAAGGUGAUAUUUCUUGCACGUCCCCUUGCAGAAUGAGUGCCGCCCCUGCGACUACAUCGACUCCCAGGCGGAUCUCGGCGCUUGGAUGCGGGGCAUCCUCGUCGACUGGAUAAUAGAAGCGCAUGAAGAGCUUGAUCUCAUGCCGGAGACCCUCUACCUCGCGGUGUACAUCAUCGACCGAUACCUCUCGAUGCAGCCCGUGAUUCGGGGGGAGCUGCAGCUGGUUGGCUCCACUUCCCUACUGAUCGCUUGCAAGUAUGAGGAGGAGGAGGUCUGGGCUCCAGAGAUGGAGGUUUUCAUCUCUAUAGCAAACGAUGUCUACAGCAGGGAGCAGAUACUGAGGAUGGAGAAGGCCAUUCUGAAUACGCUUGAAUGGAGCCUAUCAGUUCCUACACAUUAUGUGUUCCUUGUGCGCUUUGCCAGAUCAGCGUCUUCCUCGGAUACGAAGAACGACAAGGAGAUGGAGAACAUGGUGUUCUUUUUUGCUGAACUCGCGCUGAUGCAGUAUGAGCUGGUGCCGAUCAAGCCCUCCAUGGUUGCUGCUGCUGCUGUCUAUGCAGCCAGGCUCACACUCAAGAAGACCCCUCUAUGGACUGAAGCUCUCCAGCACCAAACUGGCUUCGCUGGAUCACAACUAACGGAUUGUGUAAAGAUCCUGGUGACCGCACACUCGACCGCCCGAAGGAGCGAGUUGAAGGUGGUGUAUCAGAAGUAUUCCAGUGAAAAGUUGGGAGGAGUGGCCCUGCGCCCACCUGCAAUCGACUUCUCUGCAAAUAAAUGGCGAUUUCGUUGACAGCCCCUGCCACC